AUGGGCCUCUCGCAACCCCCCCCCCCCGAGCUGCUGGCAAUGAUUGCCAGCUAUAUAAUGCCAGACGAUUUUGAGAGCCUGUCACUUACGUGCAAGCAAGCAUACGAUUGGGCUAAGCCACUCAUUCCGCGACACAAUGAGUACCGCAGGAGGUACCGUAACUUCUCCUUCGAUUUUAGCGGCCUGACGACGAUUUCCGAUCUGCUGGCAGUAAUUGCCGAUGACCCCAUUAUUGCUACCUACAUGGUCCACGUCGAACUGGAUGGCCGAUAUUACUGUGAAGAAACAGACAUGAGAGACGCUGACUACGUCGAGAGAAUGACCAAGAGGCUUUCCCCGUUGGUGCUCGGGUCUCCCCAUCUCUCCAUGCUUCGUGACGACUUUGAUGAGCCAGCUGAGCUUUGGUUGGAAGAAAUUGUGCGAGAUUUGGAGUACUAUAACAGAGAAAUACCCUUUGCCGAAUUCGGCGUUCCCUUUCUGGCAACGCUCCUCGUCAACGUUGAGACGUUGAUUCUGCCCGAAGAGUGGUGCAACCACCGCAUCAUCACCAAUCGAGAUAGCAGCAGGCAUAUAGUUACCAGACUACUGCGUCUUCUUGUCACGAGAGCAAACGACAAAGCCUUGAAAGAUCAACCCUUGCAGAAGCUGCGCGCUAUCCUUCCGGCCCGCAACGUUGACCUGCGGGUCGGAACGGUAAUGGAACAGCUAUUUCCUUUCCUAGCGCUUGACUCGUUGAAAGAGCUGCAUCACACGUUCGGAAAAUGCGCCUUUGCCCGUGGAAGAACAGCCUUCCGCACAUUGGGCCGCAAUUUGGAGGUUAUGAAGUUGAAUCACUAUGACAUUUGCGGGCACAGCGCCAAAGUUCUCUUCAAGAAUAUGCACAAGCUGCGUGUCCUGGAAAUGGAGUACUCUACCAGAGACGAGGUUAUGGGAAAAGGAUUCCAGGCCGAUCUGUUCAUGCGAUCCGUGAUUACGGGGACUUUUGCGAGCCUGGAAAAGCUAGUCUUCACUGGGCGUGAGCUCUGGCCAGACACUGAUGUUGUAGAAUGCUCGUUCCGGGAGUUCACACGCUUGAAAUAUCUGGAAUUGAGCACCAUAUUCUUUGUGAAUGGAGCUGGAUCGAUGAGCCCCGAGGAUGCAGUAUCCUUUCUUAGGAAAGACACAAGCGAGGAGAGCAGUGAUGAGGAGAAUAUUGCAGACGAGCAUGUUACUGAAGACAGCGAAGACAGUGAGGAUCAGGAGGAAACCAGCGAGGAAGAGGAUGACAAAUAUAUGAAUGCACAAAGUGCCAAGGGCGCGAUACCUGAGGGGACAAUGCGGACCCCUCGUGGCUUUCGUCUUGUGAAGCCUCUACUCGGGGAUCAGUUCCACCCCGACGAUAAGCGCAAGAUGUACAAGAGCGGGAAAAGGGUCUGGCGUCUUGUCAGCGCGUUGCCCGAGUCGCUUGAGACGCUCAUCAUUCACACGCCCGCCGCGCCUCGGAACAGCGCCUGCGUCGAGCGUAUGUUCUGGCGUUUCGAGGAACUACGCGCCCAGCGGCUGCCGAAUCUCAAGCAGAUUGAAGUGCACGUGCAGAAGAAGCACCCCGUGGGCGAGAGGAUUCGUGGCUACUUGAGGCAGACUCGGCGGCUGGAGAACUUCUUUGCCGACAAGAAAAUUCUCACAAAAUUCGAAAAAUUCUGA